CAUGUGUUGCAAGGUCAGAGUAACUGGUGAAUAGGGACUUGGUGUGCUAAUGCGAACCUCAUGUAUACCCCCGAUAGUAUGUAUCUGAAAAAGAUGUUCACCUGCUUGUGUAAUAAUUGAAAAAAGUUGGGAAGCCAAUCUACGACAAAUUGCAGCUAUUGGAGCGUUUUAUUUUUAUCUGCAUACACCGGCGGCAUUUGUUUUUGGUUAUUUACGACAUAUGUCCCGAUGGUUCUAACAGAACUAUCUACCAUGAUUCCUCAGCACAGCGAGGUCAGCGGUGUAGGGGACUACCAUCAUCUCCAGUCCCAGAGCGCCUUGCUGGCCAGCAUCAAACAGGAAUUUUCGGAAGACUUUUCGCAGGAAAACUUCUCGGACUAUCCCAAAGGAAAAGGCAAAAAGCGCAAGCGCUCGGACAAGUCCUGUGAUAGUUUCUCGGACGCUCUCUCGCCCGCCACUUCCGACUGUUCCAGCAGUGAUGUCGGACCUAUCUCCAAGCGUUCCAAACAGCAACACAAGAACUCUAAAUCUUACGCCGACGUGCUUUCCCAGAGAGCCAUGGCGAACGUCCGCGAGAGACAACGGACGCAAUCCCUGAACGAAGCAUUUGCUCAAUUACGAAAAAUCAUCCCCACCCUCCCAUCCGACAAACUCAGCAAAAUUCAGACCCUGAAGUUGGCCACGCGUUAUAUUGAUUUUCUGUGUCAGGUGUUACAGACCGAGGACUCAGGGUCACUAGAGGCACAGCCCCAGGGGCAGGGACAGGGACAAGGGGGGUGCUCGUACGUGGAGGAGGAACGGAUAGGAUACGCUUUUUCCCACUGGAGGAUGGAGGGAGCCAUGAAUGGUCCGACUCAAUAGCUGUCCACUUACUUAUCUGAUAACCAGAUUAACUUGGAAUCUUCAUGCACGGACAAUCCUACUAUAUUGAUGAAAGAAAAAAGACUUCCCCAAAAAACCCCAAACCGACGGAAUCCUGUCUUCUUGGACGAGAAACUCCAAUUAUUUGUUUGGAUUACCAGGUGCAUUCGACAUAGAGAUAGAUUACGAGUUGACAGUAAGGCAGUACAAAAGACAAGAUCGGACCCCCGAUUUCUUCUGUGUAUAGCUAAAACGGCCAGAUUUACGCUGGGACGAUAACACGCACCUGUCGGAAAAUCCACGCACGUGCCGGCACGAAGAACGGAUCAACUGAACUCUCGACUAGAUAUGAAGAGACGGUGAUUAUAAGAAACGAACCUAAUAAAACCAACACAGUUGAUAUUCCUUUUGAAAUGGUCAGGUUUCUUUCCUAUUUAAUUUUUCCAAAGUGCACUUACAGUUUUUUUUUACCAUGGAAAAGGAAGAACAUGUCAUAUUUUUGCUAUUUUACAUUGAUCAUUAUAAUUUUCCACUCAUUCGUGUGUAAUAUUUUUUUAACCUGUUUAACCUAUUCUUGCUCCUUGUAUGUUUGUACAUGUAAUUUUGUUUUUUAACCUUUAUUUUUAAUUUUUUUUUCUCUUUCUCCGUCCAAUACAUCACUUGAACCUACAAACCAACCAAUCAUUAUUUUCGUUAUAUAACAAUCUCGGACCAUGUCAUUUUGAUAAUCGUUUUCAAAGACCAUGAUUUCAUUGUAGAUAUUUUUACAUAUGUCGAUGACAAUUUUUAUACAAAGAAUCCAAGUGUGUUUGUGUGUUGACUUGGUUUUUCUUGAGAUUAAAUUAUAUAUGUUGCAAUA